AUGGCUGCUUCGUCUUCAACAUCGGGUUCAGGUCCAGGUUCGGCGCUGACAGAGCGAAGGGGAAUCCCAGGGGCACAAUUCGUCGAGGAUGUCCAAACUUACCUCACUCAAUCGGGCCUCGAUGUUGGUUCGGCCCUCGCUUUUCUCCAAGAAAGACUUCAGCAAUACAAGGUAGUAGAAAUGAAGCUUCUUGCUCAGCAAAGGGAUCUUCAGGCAAAGAUACCAGAUAUUGAAAAGUGCUUAGACAUUGUUGCUACGUUGCAAGCUAAGAAGGGUACUGGUGAGCUACGGAGAAGUUUCUGUUUUCCAUUAAAAGUUGAUGGCUCAGUUGAUUCCACAUCUCAAGCUACUGGAGUCUGCAUGCUUUUGCGAUCAUCCCUCAUAUCUUAUUAUAAGAUUGAUACCAUGAUCAUUCUUUUUCCUGAUAUAGAGAAGCAGUCCUAG